UUUGAGGGUAGUUUUGAUUCAGUUUCAAUUAUUGCUUUUGACCGUGUAGCUUCUACCGUCAAGUCUGCAGUUGAUAUUCAAACACCGGGUGAUCUUAUAACUCUUACUGCUGCAGCUGCAGCAGCUUUGAGAGGAGAAGCAGCUUUUAUAGCGAGAUUUCCAAAAGAAGCAAAGAAGAAUGCAUCAAUAAGUCCCUAUGAUAAGGGAAUAGCAGAAACACAAUGUCCACUUGCUUUUGCUUUUGAGGGUCAGAUGUUAGAAAACUUUUCUCCAUGUGUGGAUGAUUUGUUGCAGGUUACAGAAAAAAGGUGCAUUACGAUGGAAACAUGUGUCUGUUUACAUCAACAAGAAAUAUUAGGUACCAUAUUUCAUGUCAAAAUUAAGAUCAAAAGCAAACACAUUGGAGGAGCUUUCUCCAAAAAGAGUAAAUGUGUGGAUUAUGGAGUGUGUAAUGAAGACUCGGCAUGGCCUUAUCAAAAAGAAAGGGAAGCUUCUGAAGAGCUCUAUUUUGGCCUCAAAACUGCACAAGGUCUUCUAGAAUUUAAGUCUGAGAGCAAACUCCAAAAGCAAAAAUGGGUUGAUGGGACACUAUGCACUAUUUCGUAUCGUUUGAGAUUGCUCUUCUUUCUCGCUUUCUUUUGGCAUACCUGGCGACGUGAAUGAGUGAACAGGGAGCACACACAAGAACCGCGGCAGCCUCUGACGUAGAUGAGAAGGUGGAAAAGAUGGGAAGAAGAAACCAAGACACCUGAGUACCAAUUUUCACAUGAUCCUGAAAGAUUCAGAUUUGCUGGUGAGACUUCAUUUGGAAAAAGACACUUGAGUUUCUGGACCAAAAAACCUGUCCUAAUUUGGAUUGUUUGUUUCUUCAGGCAAUUUAUAAGGUCAGUUCCUGAAGUGGAUUACUUGACCUUAAGGCAUGGAUUUAUUAUGGUAAUUAAUAUUACUCCUCUAUACCAAAUUUCUAUCAUUUUUUUGGUUAUUAGUAUUCAUUAAUAAUAAAUUAAUAAUACUCAAAGGAUGGAUCGUUCGGAAGAAUCCGAAUUCAACUUUUGAGUCGUUAUAUUGUUGUUGAAGCUCUCUACCAGUGUGCUGCAGGUUAGACAUUAGAUCUUAUAACUGCUGCUAUAGGACAUGCAUUGGCCACAGAAGGAAGAUUCUGCACCAGAAGUGCGAGAGUUACAGAUCACCAACGAUUGAGUAGCUCUGGCUACGUCUUUUCUGCUUCUUUGCCUCCAUAUCUCGCAAGCGCUGCAAUUACAGCUAUUGAUGUCCUCGAGGAAAAUCUCAGUCUGUUAACAAAGUUGAAGAAAAGCGUCGCUGUCUUACGGAAAGGUUUGUGCAGAAGUUGGUCAAUCCAGUAUAAAAACAGAACUUUCUCAAGAAGAUGCAGAAUCUGAGUUUCUUACUCCAAAAAGUUGCUUAUGAAUUCUAUUGAUAAGGUUGAGAGGCUCUUGCAUAAGAAUUGGUGAAACUUUCACACAUUGAUGUCUAUGAGGUGAAGAAAAAAUUAGGAAAUUCUUGAAGCAUAGUUGGAGUUAAAGAGAGUUUUUAUCUGACAUUAAAAGUAGUGAUUUAGUGGUGAGGUAGAAAGGAAAUUUGGAUGAAAUCCUCUUCUAAUGAUAUUUCCAAUAUUCCAAUUGAUUCAUCGUAGGGUUUUGUACUCUUUCUUACAGUUACAAUGUACAAGAAGAAUGUUUCAUCAAAUUGUAUAGUGAUUUCCUUACUCGAA